GAGCCGGCCAUGAACCCUACAAGUGCUAUCUCUGCAUUCCCAAAACCCUAAACCUCCCUCUCCCUGUGUCUCUCUCCUUAGAAAACAGAAGAAGCUUCAUAGGCACUACCAUGGCGAAGAAAUCAAACCCUAAAAGCAGUAACAGUGUGAAAAAGAAGAAGACGAAGAACAAGUCAGGUCCAAACGCCGUAGCUAUGAAAGUGAAGCCUCCCAAAGCAAACCCAUUCGAAACCAUUUGGUCUCGUCGCAAAUUCGACAUUCUCGGCAAGAAACGGAAAGGCGAAGAACGCCGUGUCGGCCUCGCUCGCUCUCUCGCCAUCGAAAAGAGAAAGAAGACACUGUUGAAGGAGUAUGAGCAGAGCGGAAAGUCUUCGGUUUUUGUGGAUAAGAGAAUUGGGGAGCAAAAUGAGGAGCUUGGUGAGUUCGAUAAGGCAAUUUUGAGGUCUCAGCGUGAAAGACAGUUGAAAUUAAAGAAGAAAAACAAGUAUAAUUUAUCAGAUGGAGAAGAAGAUGAACUUGACAUUCAAGGCCUUGGUUCAUUUCCGGAAAGGGAUGAUUUUGAGGAUGAAAUACCAUUUGGUGACUAUGAUGACGAGGAGGCAACUGAAAAUGAUAAGAGUUCUGCCCUAUUGAAACAAAUUAAUGCCAAUGGUACUCAGAAUUCUCUGGAGGCGGGUUUGAUGGAAGGAGAAGAAAAUAGGCAGAAAAGUAAAAAGGAAGUGAUGGAGGAGAUUAUUUCAAAGAGUAAAUUCUUCAAGGCUCAAAAAGCAAAAGAUAAGGAGGAAAAUGAACAGUUGAUUGAGCAAUUGGACAAAGACUUUACAUCCUUAGUGCAGUCUGAGGCAUUAUUAUCGUUAACCCAACCAAACAAGAUGAAUGCUUUAAAAGCUCUUGUGAACAAGAGCAUCACACAUGAUAAAGUGAAGAAAGAUGAGGUAUCUGCUGCCCAGAACAAGGUUGCUUUCCGGCAGGAAAAACCUGAUUCCUAUGACAAACUUGUCAGUGAGAUGAUUUUAGAUAUGCGUGCACGCCCGUCAGACAGGACAAAGACACCUGAAGAGAUUGCCCAAGAGGAGAAAGAGCGAUUGGAACAAUUGGAGGAAGAUCGUCGGAAGAGGAUGCUUGCGACUGAUGACUCAAGUGAUGAAGAUGGUGAUGCUGCCAAGGAUGAUGAUGCAUCUACCCAACAGCCUAGAUCCAUUUCUGGGGAUGAUCUCGGUGACUCCUUCUCUCGUGAUGAAGAGCCAAGAACCAAAUUGGGGUGGAUUGAUGAUAUUUUGAAGAGAGAAUACCAAAAUGCUGUUCCGAGUGAAGACGGUGCUUCUUCGGAGGAUUUAGAGGGUGGUGAAGAUGAUGGUGAUGAUGAAGAAACUGAUGAGGAUAGUGACAAAUGUGAAAAGGCUGAGUCUUUGGGGGACUGGGAACAGAGUGAUGAUGAAAAUCUUGACCCAGAUAGGGAGGAGAAGGAAGGAGAGGAGGACGAUGGGAGUUUUGAUGAAGGGGAACCAAGGCUUAGAAAAGUACCAGAAAUGAAAGGACAAAAAGAUUUGUUAAAUGAGAAGAAAAUGAAAGCGGAUAUCAAGAAGCCUUCAUUUCAACAAGGGGACCUUCCCUUUACAAUUGAAGCUCCGAAAAGCUUGGAAGAAUUAUCAUUAUUGUUGGAGAACCGUUCUGAUGAUCAAAUUAUUGAAGCAAUCAAUCGCAUUCGUGCGUUUAAUGCAAUUGCUGUUGCGGCGGAAAAUCGGAAGAAAAUGCAAGUCUUUUAUGGUGUACUGUUGCAGUAUUUCGCUAUUUCUGCAAAUAAAAAGCCCUUAAAUUUCAAGCUGUUGAAUUUGCUUGUCAAGCCAUUAAUGGAGAUGAGUGCAGAGAUUCCGUACUUUGCAGCCAUAUGUGCUCGUCAACGGCUACUUCGGAUUCGAACACAGUUCUGCGAGGAACUUAAGAACACAGGGAAAAGCUGUUGGCCAUCUUUGAAGACGCUGUUUCUGAUGAGACUUUGGUCCAUGAUAUUUCCGUGCUCUGACUUCCGUCAUGCCGUCAUGACCCCUACAAUAUUGUUGAUGUGUGAAUAUCUGAUGCGAUGCCCUGUUAUAUCUGGCCGGGACAUUGCGAUUGGUUCCUUCUUAUGCUCUAUGGUUCUUUCUGUAAGUCUAUGCAGGUUUCCUUCGAUAAGGUUUUUCAAAUGCAAUGCAAAGUGUUCAUGUUGCAGGAACCUUGCGUCUCCUACAAAUGACAAUUGUUGUUGUUGUUCUUCUUCUUUUGACACAGAGUAA